UGCAUUAUAAACUUCCAAUUAGAUGAGGAAGCUGACACUUUGCAUUUUAAUCAUUAUGAAGUGGAGAAAGUGAAAAGCGUGAACGACUGUGCGCGAAUCUGCUUCCGAGGACGUUGUGCUGCUGCGGUAUACUCACCUCGAAGAGGCGAGUGUCUGCUAGGAGCGGAUUACAAAGACACCUGCUCGAACGCUGAUGCAACCAUACGAUAUCUUAAGCAAGAAGAUGUCAAAAUACAAUGUUUCCGUUGCAGCUCACCUAGACACUUCGAAAAGGAGUUAGCUCAGGCAAGUGCUGCGACGACGGAACCUGUGGAGAUAUCGCACCAAGAAGAUCGCGCGCAUAUUAGUGCCCACGAGGACCAGACUCCGCCGCCGACAACUACCAGCGGUACUACUCAUCAGGUCGUAGAGACAUCAACCACGGAAUCGUCUGCCGUUGUCGGCGCAGAGAACGGCGACGUCACGCCCGCUGCUAGGAAAAAUUGCCUAAUCAAGUUCCAAGCAAGCCCGUUCUCGGAGCGGCCUCCAGAGUUCAACGCUCCAUUUGAAAUCGAAGUGCCUGUGGACGGAUGCAGCGGUGCGAAGUACGACCCGAAAGCCGGCUCUUGUGCUCUUUCUUAUAAUGACAAACAGUUCUGUGCCAGGCGAGAUAAAGGCAUAGCUGGGACUACUGUUUCCAUCGCAUCGGAGGCAUCCACUCCAACCACUCAGGAAAGCAUGAUCGAAACUACUACAUCAUCAGGAACAACCGAUCAGACAUCUACAUCGAUUGGUUCCGAACCAAGCUCAACAACAACCAAGUCACAGAAGGAAGAAGGAGGCGCUCCUCCUAAAACUGCUUCACCCACUGAAUUCCAACGAGGUUGUCUCAUCAAGUUCCAAGCCAGUCCAUUCGAGGAACGACCAAAGGAAUUCACCGCUCCGUUUGAACUCGAACUUCUUGUGGAUCCACGAUUAUUAUGCGCCACUCGUUGUGUUAUCAGCGUUAUCAAGGGCGUUAGAUGA